AUGAGGGCAGAUACCAAAGCUGGCCAUUCCGGCCGCCACUACAAGGCAAAGCCUGUGCUGACUCUCGACCUCGCGUCUCUCAGCGAAUUCCCUUCCCUCUCUAGCGGUCCGCAGAACACCACACCAACCCCUGGACAGGCCAUCUGGGGCAACGCAGGCCAACGUUCAAUCCAGCAGAGUCAUGGGCAGAGACAAGCACAAGGUUCCGUCCCUCCUCAAGCUCCCUCACGAGAAUCACAGCUCCAAGCCCAACAGGGGCAAUCUCAGGGUCAAGCUCAGGGCCAUGAUGACCAGUUCCCCUCAACAACGCAGUUUGUCACCCAGCUUGAUGAUUUCCGUAACGGUGUCCAGGCCAUGGGCCAGAUGUCCGGCAACAACCAGCCGCAAGCCGGCAGUGUCGAUGACUUCCCUCCUCUGAGCAAACAGUCUGAGCAAGGAGGGGCCAUUGGCAACUAUGCCUGGUCUAUGGGGUUCACUGGCUUCUCUGCCCAGACGCGUUCGUCUCUUGGAAACCAGCAAGAUUCCAGUAGAAUCGCAUCUCCUGCAGCUGCAGGCCCGUCUGGCACACCAGGACCGCGGCUACCAGCUGGCCAGAACCAGAACGGGAUAAUUGGACAAGAUCACGAGGUGAACGCGUCCUAUUGGCUAACCGCAUCGCCAAACCACCAAAACCAACAGGACAACGCUCAAGCCCAGGCUCAAGCUCAAGCUCAAGCUCAAGCAUCCAUGAUGAGCCAGCGCGGCAUGGAUCCGAUGCAGCAGCCGCAGCAGCAGCAGAACCCAGCCCAGAUGCAGUCCUCUCGCCAGCAACAGCAGCCACCGCAGCCAUCACAGGCGCAGGCUGAGAACGAGGCGCAUGAUCCCUCACGAGCCGGCCAGACAGCCGAGCAAGCCUCGCUCUCGCAGAUGAGCGAACACGAUCGGUUCGGCCUAGCCGGGCUUCUACGCAUGAUCCAUAGUGACAGCCCAGACGUUGCGAGCCUUGCUAUCGGCCAAGAUCUGAUGAGCCUUGGACUGGAUCUGAACCAGCAGGAACCACUGCAUCAAACAUUUGCAUCGCCAUUUAUCUCAUCUAAUGUGUCCAUUCCACUACGGCCAGACUUUACUCUGCCUGCAUGCUACAAUGUAGCCAAUGUCCAGCCACUGCAGAACCGUAUACCCAGCUUCAGCGAUGAGACUCUGUUCUACAUAUUCUACAGCAUGCCGCGUGAUAUCAUGCAGGAGCUAGUUGCAGAGGAGCUCAUGGGCAGAAAGUGGCGUUACCACAAGAUCGAACGCGCUUGGCUGACGCGCGAUGACACUUACCCGAACCCCGUUGAGGUUGAGAGAGGUAUCAGCGAGCGUGGCGUCUACCUGUGGUGGGAUACCAACACCUGGAAGAAAGUCCGACGUGAAUUCAUUCUUCGCUACGCCGAUUUGGACAACCGUCUCGACCCAGGCAGAAACCUUGUCCGAGGAAUGCCCUUCCCCCAAGCCACCUAA